GAUCCCAUUUGCAUUCACUUGCCGGCUCGUGUGUCGUCUGCGUCCAAAAAACUAAUCAAUCGUUCUCGGCUCGCAGCACCGCCCCAACAAACCCACCCCUUUUUCACCUCGCAAACCAGCUCCCCCGCACACGCGGACGGAUGCGUGGCCGCACCAAAAGGAGCCGGAACUAGCCCCCGCCCGGCAAUGUCGGCGCACCUCCCGCCGCCCCACGGGCCACGCGCCAGCCUCGCUGCCGGGGACCCCAAGAAGACCGACCACGGAGGGGAACCCACGAAGAAGCUCCCCUCCUGCUGCGGUGCCGGGGACCACCAGCACCCCAAGAAGCCCGGCAGCAGCGGCCCCUCCGCCGCGAAGCUCGCUCUCGGGUCCUUCCUCGGCGUCGUCGUCCUCUUCGCCGUCGACGUUUCCCUCACCGGCGCUGGCGCGGACCAGCGGCUGCGCCACCAGUACCAACAUUACCUCGGGGGCGGCGGCGGCGGACGCGCCGAGGGUGCCCCCGCCCCACCUUCUUGGCUCUCCGUGCCGAACCCCUCCAAUUUCACCGGGGACCUGCUCUCCCGGUGGCUCACGCCCGGGGGCUCGCCGUGCCGCGACGCCCGCACGACCAACAUCUCCAUCCCGGUUCUUGACGACGCCGUGACCAAGCUGAGCGCCACCGAGAUUCACGAGUUCACCUUCUGGGCGCUGGACGACACCGGCCUGCGGCGCUGCCUCGGUGGGGAUUUCUUCGAGAUUGAUCUCUCCGGGUCCGCCUGGAAGUCGCGCCCCCCCGUCGUGGACCAUGGCGACGGCUCCUACACCUUCCGCCUCCAGGUUGCGCCCCGCUUCGCCACGGAGGAAUUCCACCUCACUAUCGUCCUCCUCUUCCGGAGCUUCGAGGGUCUCAAGUUCUCCUCCGCAAGGUUCAAGUACCGCGCCGAGCUCCGCCGCAUUCCGCUGUUCUUCAGGCCGGGCAACGCGUCGCUCCCCGCGCUGGAAACUUGCCGCGCCGCCGACUUCGGCCGUGAUGUCUGGUCCGGCCGGUGGACGAGGCUCGCCAAGAACGACAACUGCGAUGACGUGGACGGCGCCGGCCGGUACCGGUGCCUAGAACCGGAGUACCCAUGUGAGGCACCGUGGUGCAACGGUCCAUUGGGCGUGCUGGAGAGCAACGGGUGGGUCUACUCGGCGCACUGCUCGUUCAAGCUCUUCACGGCUGAUGCGGCGUGGCGGUGCCUUGACGGCAAGUGGCUCUUCUUCUGGGGCGAUUCCAACCACGUCGACACCAUCCGGAACCUGCUGACCUUCGUUCUUGGCGUUGAGGACACAUCCGCCGUGACGCGCCGGUUUGACGCGGUGUUCACCAAUCCCAGCGGCCAGGCAGGGACUCUGCGAAUCACAAGCAUCUUCAACGGCCACUGGAACAUGAGCAUGAACUAUCUGGGCCUGCAUUCCCUCCGGCACAAGGGGUUCCGGCAGCUUGUCCGGUCAUACUUCCUGGGCGAUGACCGUGUCCCGGAUGUUGUUAUCCUGAACUCGGGCCUUCACGACGGGUGCUACUGGAGCAGCCUUCGCUCUUACGUGCAGGGCACCGAGUAUGCUGUGCAGUUCUGGGCUGGACUUAUGGCUAAAGUGCGGUCGCGUGGGCUCACUGUGCCGAGGGUGUUCUACCGGACGACAGUUGCGACGGGUGGAUAUGCUCGGGACCUGGCAUUCAAUCCAAAUAAGAUGGAGCUAUUCAAUGGCGUGCUCGUGGAGAAGAUGAGGCAGCACGGGGUGCUCACAGGCGGAGUGAUAGACAACUUCGACAUGACGUUCCCUUGGCACUACGACAACCGUUGUAACGACGGUGUGCACUACGGGCGUGCACCGGCGAAGUUGGUGUGGCGGGAUGGCAAGAUUGGUCACCAGUAUUUCGUGGACCUCAUGCUGGGGCAUGUGCUCCUCAAUGCCAUCUGCAACGGAUGAAUCUCUGCUGGUUCCAUGCUCUGUAAGUUUGUGCAACUCAAUUGUGGAAACUUGAGUAGGAUAGGCGGGGGAGAAUGUGCUUGAUGAGAUGAAAUUGUAGUUUCAGCUCAUGUGUACAACAGAUAUUGGGGGCUUAGCUGAACCAUUUUAUAUGGUGGUGAGACAUAUGAUAGUUCAGCUGUGUUGCUGGUCUGAUCUUUCUCUAGUUGGCAAGGAAGAUCGAGUUCGAUCAGAGCCAUCUGUGGGUGGAAAUCAGGUACAUGUAAAUAUAUACCAUUACCAUUUAAGGAGGCAUAAUGCAUUAGACAAAUUCAGCAUGUUAUGUUGUGUCCAGUGUUCAAAGUUCUUUGUGUGGUUUUGGAACAGAAAUGCAGGUCCAUAAAUACCA